AUGGGUUCGUUUGCGGGACAUAUUGACGAAGGAAUCGCUUUCAUCAUUCUUGCCUUAUGGUGGAUGGUCAACAUUUUCCGGGAAUCAUUAAAGACAAAUCAUCAGCCGGAGCUCUAUCACUCCCAGAUAUCAUAUACAAUAAGGAUAAAAGGCAAAGUUGUUCCUCUGGAGAUAUUUCUAAAAAUAUUGUUUCCGCUAGGAGGUUUUGCGGCGGAGAUUAUCGAUGCCAAAACAUUUGUAAAUGAGGAUGGGAAUUUCUCCAAUCUUUCGGACCUUCAGCACACGACAAUUUACAUGUUGUUUGUUAUACAUGGAAUCACAGAUCUUCUAGCGCAUUAUCGUCUGCCGCAAAUCAAAAACGCCAACUAUUUUACGAUGAUCGUGUCCUUUUUAUGGUAUGGGACAGCUUUUUACUUUCAUAGUGAGCCGGGCAUGGGGAAGCCUCCUUUGGAAAACAUGAUACACAGGCUCCCCAUUCCAUUUACGUUGUUAACAAGUUGUGCUGUUUUAAUUGAAAUGAAUCAACGUAAUGCUGUGUUACCUCAAUUAUUACGAUGCUUUUGCGUUUUGACGUUAGGGACGUGGUUUACGUAUUCGUCAUUUGUUUUGUUUCUACCAUAUCCGUUUCCGGGAAGCCAUCACAAUCCAGCUUGGGACCAAGACGAUGAAAGAAAUGUUCAUUUUAUUGUUGCGGCGUUUGGAAUUCAUCUCAUUGUAAAUCUCACAUUCAUGAUGACGUCAUAUAUUGUCAUGGUUGUAUACCGGAAGUUGUUCGUAAAUUCGCGUGACCUGACUGAUGAAAAUAGCAUGUGCAAGUAUAAGAUCUUAGACAAUAAUGUGGAUGAUUUAGAUUAUGAUGAUUCGGUCUAUAAAGAUGAUGCUGUGUAGACGACCAUAACG